AUGGACCGGCAACCCCAUAGAAAAAUCUACUGCUGCCUCGCCAAGCUCGACCUCCUGCGCCGCGACGACCCGGCGCCGGCGGUCGCGGCGGAGCGGUGGCGGGUCAGGAUCGCCGUCUGGUGCGUCUCCGUCGCGCUCGCCAACACCGUCGCCGCACGCGUCGCCGACGCCAUGCCCAGCGCGGGGUUCAAGAUCGCCGUCUGGGUGUUCACCACCGUCUGCAUAGCCGUCGGGUUCUACUUCUUCUUCGUCCGUGCGGGCGCCGGCCGACGGACGCAGACGGACGGCAGGGAUCUCCGGGAGGUGUCCCCGGAGCACAGGGUCUGA